AUGGACGCCGAGAAGGUUCUGUUCAAAGAGAUCCUACCUGUGAACGUCCAAGUACGGGGACUCACUGUGGCUCCGAAGAGCUCCAAGAAGAAGAAGGAUAUUGGUGAUAGAGUUAUACUCCAUGAGACUUCCUUUGACCUGCCACAGGGUAAACUAAUGGCCAUCAUUGGUGGGUCAGGUUCAGGGAAAACGACGAUGCUUAACGUUCUGGCACAACGGUCCAAUGCUGGCUCAUUACACCAAACAGGUGUUCUUCGUUACGGUGGUGGCAGUCUGGACACCGUUAGGCACGCCUAUGUUAUACAACAAGACAUCCUAUCACCAAUGCUGACAACAAGGGAGACGUUACAGUUCGCCAUAGAGUUGAGGCUGCCAGAUAGCCAUUCCAAAGAGGAGAGAUUGGCACUGGUUGAGGAGGUGAUACUGGAGCUGGGAUUGAAAGAUUGUGCGGAUACCAUGGUUGGUGAUUCAACGCACAAGGGACUCUCAGGUGGUGAGAAGAGAAGGCUAAGCAUUGGGAUUCAAAUCUUGUCGAAUCCAUCUUUGCUGUUUUUGGAUGAACCUACGACUGGCCUGGAUGCCUAUUCGGCCUUUCUACUCAUAAUGUCCCUGAAGAAGCUCACGGAGAGAGGCCGUACCAUCAUCAUUAGCAUUCAUCAGCCAAGAUCGGACAUAUUCUUUCUGUUUGAUUAUCUGUGUAUACUAUCAAGAGGACAGACGGUAUACGCAGGCUCUAUCCAAAAUGUGCUGCCAUACUUUGCAAGCCUGGGGUAUACAGUUCCAGAGGAUGUCAAUCCAAGCGAUUUCCUUAUAGAUAUUACUGCAGUGGAUGCCCGUUCUACAGCUUCAGAGAAGAAAGGGUUGGAGAGGUUACAGAUGUUUGCAGCCCAUUGGAGACGCUACUCGCAAACCAUGUUACAACCGUUGGAAGGUGGUAAUACUGAUAGCGAUGAAUGUGAUGACGAUAAUAAUGGUAACAAUAAUGCCCACACCCGUCCUACCGUGAUACGCCAGAGAAUACCACUGCUGAGAGAAAUAUUCAUCCUCUACAAGAGAACCAUGCUACUAACGACAAGAGACACUGCAACACUAGCAGCGUUGUUUUCUGAAUCCAUCGUCAUGGGUAUAAUUUGUGGGUGGGUCUAUUACCAGCCGGCUGGUGAUCUGGCAGGCAUCAGAACAAUAUCAGCAGCUAUAUACUCCUCAUGUGCGCUCCAAGGCUAUCUGAUGCUUUUGUUUGAGGUAUACAGACUAUGCUCGACUGACAUCAAGAUCUUUGACCGUGAAAGAGCAGACCACUGUGUUUCUAUAGCUGGGUUCUUGAUAUCACGUCGCAUGGCUAAACUGUUCACAGAGGACGUCCCUAUAUCCUUUCUCUUUGCAGUGAUCACCUACUUCAUGUACGGAUUACAGAGCAGUGCGUCGAAGUUCUUCAUAUAUUGGACGGGGAUCUUCUUGUCUCAUCUGGCUUCAAUGACAGGCGCAGUGUUCGCAGUUGCUAUAUCGAGGAAGUACGCUCAGGCAAGUCUUGUUUCCAACAUGAAUUACACCCUACAGAGUUUUGCUUGUGGAUUCUUUGUCAAUACGCAGUCCAUCCCGGUGUAUACGAGAUGGACCAAGUAUAUUGCAUACCUCUGGUAUGCAUUUGGUGCGAUGAUGGUUAACCAGUUCUCAGGAUACAGUGGUGACUGUCCAUACCAGGACCAAGACUCGACACAGUGUCAAAUGUAUCAAGGUGAAUAUAUAAUUGCCAGCUAUAACUUUGACCUUCCUCAUUGGAUUGUGAUACCUCUGUUUGUUGUUUUGGCAUGGUCGAUAUUGUUCUACGUUGCUGCUGCUCUGCUGUUGAAGUUAAACCCUGUGGAUGUAUCACUAACCAAGCAGCUCAAACAAGGGUCUGCAAGUAGAGAACUAGAGGAAAUUGAGCAGACCAAGACUGACUCAGGAGAACCAAUCGAUAUAACGUUGAACAACAUAUACCUCAGCGUAACCCUCAGGAAGAAGUUCACCAAGAUGGAGAAGGUGAUUCUUCAUGGAAUCAACGCAACGUUCAAGAGUGGUAGAAUCAACGCUAUACUGGGACCCUCUGGGUCCGGCAAAUCGUCGUUACUGAAUCUGAUAGCCGGAAGAACACUAUCAGGUCUAUUAAACAGGUACUCGUCUAGUGGUGAUAUCAUGUUCAACGAGCUAAAAGUCUCCACUGACAUGAUGAAUUCUCUGUGCUCCUAUGUUUCGCAAGAAGAUGACCACUUACUGGCUUCUCUUAGUGUUCGGGAGACCCUUGUGAUGGCUGCUGAUCUCAGACUGAGACACCUGGACAGACAGCAACGUUCCGGAGUCGUCGAUGGUAUCAUUGCCAAACUCGGGCUGAGAGGUUGUGCCAAUACCCUCAUAGGGUCAGAGUUCAAGAAGGGCAUCAGUGGUGGUGAAAAGCGUCGUGUUGCAAUUGGAAUUCAGCUGCUCAACAACCCCAAAGUGCUGUUCCUGGAUGAACCUACUUCAGGGCUGGACUCCUUUACAGCCUCCACUAUCCUCGAGAUUCUAAACAACUUGGCCAGUGAAGGUAAGACGAUCAUUAUCACCAUCCAUCAGCCUCGCCUGGACCUUUUCAACAAGUUUGGAGAGAUACUGUUGCUUGCUAAAGGUGGUAGCGUGGCAUACAACGGACCACAGAGUACAAUCAUGGACUAUUUCCAGUCCUUGGGGUACCCGUGUCCAAGGCUGACCAAUUGUGCUGAUCACAUCUUGGACCUGAUCUCGGUUAAUAACCAAAGCAUGGAACAGGAGCUGGACUCCAAGAGCAGAAUCAACUCUCUGUUGAAGGCAUGGGAACAACGGUCAACAUCACAUAGCUACACGGCUCCAAUGACCUCCAACGAACAGUUCAAGCACAGGUUUGGUGAAUUCAUCCGUCAACCGUGUGCCUUUGUUCCAGCUUUGAUCUCGUGUUUCCAUCAACAGUUACUAACCACUGUACGUAAUACUGAUAUUCUAAUGGCCAAGAUCAUGAACCCUAUGGGUGUCGGAAUAGUGGUUGCUCUAUGGAUGGCUCCCUUGAAGGACUCAUACGAAGGCAUCCAGGAUAGGCUUGGUUGUAUUCAGCAAGUCACUGCUCUUUACUUCUGCGGUAUGUUGAAUAACCUCGCUGCCUAUCCUCAACAGAGAAACUACUUCUAUCAUGAGCAUGCUGAUAGGGUCCAUGGAAUACUGCCCUUCUUCCUUGCUUAUACAUUGUUAGAGAUACCUAUGGAUGCUCUCGGUGCCAUGAUCGCUGCUGCGUUCUUUGGACCAAUCACAGGCCUACCAAGAACAGCAGAGAUGUAUUUUGCACUAGCAUAUUGCAUCUUCAUCAUCAUAUUCUGUGGUGAAUCCCUAGGUAUCGCUACGAAUACAUUAUUCGAUGAUGCUGGCUUUGCAGUUAACUCUGUGAGUAUCCUGUUGUCCAUUGGUACGUUCAUGGGUGGUAUCAUGUCGCUAGACAUGGAUAGCGUUCUCAAAGGGAUCAACUACAUCUCGCCUUUGAAGUAUACCACCAUGAUUCUCGUUAACAUGGGAUUCCCAUCGUCAGUCGAAUUCAGAUGUCCAGACGAACAGCUCAUUAAUGAUCCUAAUUGUAUCAUUGGUAAUGGUACUUACGUCUUACAGGAGUAUGGCCUAUUGGCAUCAUACACCUAUGCCUUUGGUGUCCUGGUAGCUGUUGCCCUUGUGUAUAGAUUCAUUGCUUAUGUGCUUUUGAGGUUAAAAUUGUUGAAGAUAAGCCUUGGUGUAUUCAACAAGAAACAUGCGUGA